AUGGACCUCAGUGUGAAAACGGCGUUGUUACACAGUAAUGGCUGUGAGGUGGUCAGUCCCUUAAGUCAGACGUUCAGUACUCCCAUACUCUCAUUAUGCGUGCAGUCUAUAUUUGAGCUGGAAGAACGCAUUGAUGUCUGUAGCGCGAAGCAAGCCAUAAAGAAUCUUCUUCUGCCACGCAACCCCCGGUUUUGUUCUAUGAUGACUGAGAAUAGACAUGGAGCUAUGCAUUGGGUAGAAACUGAAGUAAACGUGGAUGAUCAUGUAAUUAUUCCAGAAUUUCCUCCGGGUCAAACUGAAUAUGAUGAGUUUGUGAAAGACUGUAUCGGUGAUGGUACUUCCCUCAUGUCCUUACUACUCUGUUGCGUCACCAGAGUAGACGAUCCCAAUCUACCUGUUUCUUUUCCUUCAGUUAAAUCUCCACCUCACAAAACUAUUCCAUAUUAUUCAUGGGUUUCCACUGAAUUUAUGUAUUACAUGUUUCAAAGGCUAAUUGUUCCUCUGCUUGUACUGUGGUACACUGUUUCUGAUCUCAUUAGCAACUUCCUUAGAGUUAUAUUAAUGGACGAUAGCAAGUUGCCCUUUCGCGGGCCUCCUGGUGUUGAGAUGCUGCCGAAAGGCAUAUCUUCUGUCACCUUCCUCAUGGAAGACGUCAAAAAGAUAAAGAAUUCCAUCGGAGCAACGGUAAAUGAUGUGGUAAUGGGCGUAAUAUUCUAUGGUUUUCAACGAUACCUGGAGAAUUCUCUUUCUCAUGGAGAAACGUCAGGGGUCACGAAGGGAAUGGCGAAGUCAAGAGUAACAAGGAUUGUGUUCAUGAACACUAGAGUAUUGUCAGGAUUGAAGGAUAUAAAAGAUAUGCUGAAACUUAACAGUAGAGCACCAUGGGGAAACCGCAUUGGAAUGUUAUACAUCCCUAUGCCCCUUGCUACGGCAGAGAGUCCAUUAGACUACGUACGAAGAGCAAAGCAAAUCAUAGACAGGAAGAAAAUGUCACUUGAAGUCUUCCUUAGUAGAAGAAUACUAUGCUGUAUAGGCCGACGGGCAUCUGCUAGUGGUAUAUAUAACACUCUGGCAAAAAAAACAUUAGCAUUAUCGAAUAUGAUCGGCCCGACGGAGAAGAUAGCACUCAAUCAAAAUCCAGUUAAGAGCAUCUCUUUCUCAGUGUCCGGGAUUCCUCAGACGCUUCUUUUGACGGUAGUGAGCUACAUGGGCACUGUGAGGCUAGAAGUGAUUGGCACCAAAGGUUAUGUAAAUUCUGAUAUUCUGGCCAAGUGUUUUACCGAGUGCUUUGAGGAGAUGAAGGAGGCCACAAAGGGAAUAGGAAGAGAUGCCUGGAUUUAA